CGGAUUGUUAUUGGUGAAGUUAACGUGGACGCGGAAGUCCAGUGGCGCGCGCGGCGCCUGGUCGUAAAUACGUCAGUAGAGCGCGCCCUCGUUCUUCCUUUCUCUCUCUCUGAAGAUGGCGGCAGGGACUCUGUACACGUACCCAGAUAACUGGCGAGCCUUCAAGGCUCAGAUUGCAGCCCAGUACAGCGGUGCUCGCCUUAAGGUGGCCAGCAACCCCCCUGCCUUCACCUUCGGGCAGACGAACCGUGCUCCUGCCUUCCUCAACAACUUCCCUCUGGGCAAGGUACCUGCCUACCAAGGAGAUGACGGUUUCUGUCUGUUUGAGAGUAACGCCAUUGCUCACUACUUGAGCAAUGAUGCCCUGCGAGGUGCCACUCCCCAGGCCGCAGCACAAGUGCUGCAGUGGGUGAGCUUUGCUGAUGCAGAGAUCAUCCCUCCUGCCAGUGCUUGGGUCUUCCCCACUCUGGGAAUCAUGCAGUUCAACAAGCAGGCCACAGAGCAGGCCAAGGAGGAAGUGAAGAAGGUUCUGGCAGUACUGAACCAGCACCUGAACACCCGCACCUUCCUGGUGGGAGAGAGGGUCAGCCUGGCUGACAUCAGUGUGGUCUGCUCCAUGCUCUGGCUCUACAAACAGGUCCUUGAGCCUUCUUUCCGUCAGCCAUAUCCCAAUGUGACCCGCUGGUUUGUCACCUGCGUCAACCAGCCCCAGUUCAAGGCUGUCCUUGGGGAGGUCAGGCUGUGUGAAAAGAUGGCCCAGUUUGAUGCUAAGAAAUUUGCAGAGAUGCAGCCCAAGAAAGAGACUCCUCAGAAGAAAGAGAAGGGAGGAAAAGAAGCAGCCAAGCCCCAGGAGAAGAAGGAAAAGAAGAAGGAAGAGAAGAAGCCUGCUGCUGCCCCUGCCGCUGAGGAGAUGGACGAGUGUGAGGCUGCUUUGGCCGCUGAGCCUAAGGCCAAGGACCCCUUCGCACACCUGCCAAAGAGCACAUUUGUCAUGGACGAGUUCAAAAGGAAGUACUCCAACGAGGACACUCUGACUGUAGCCAUACCCCACUUCUGGGAGCACUUUGAUACCGAGGGCUACUCCAUCUGGUACAGCCAGUACAAAUACUCCAACGAGCUUGCUGCAACCUUCAUGAGCUGCAACCUCAUCACAGGCAUGUUCCAGCGUCUGGACAAGCUCCGAAAGAAUGCCUUUGCUAGCGUCAUCCUGUUUGGCACUAACAACGACAGCUGCAUCUCUGGGAUCUGGAUCUUCAGAGGCCAGGACCUGGCUUUUACUCUGAGUGAAGACUGGCAGAUCGACUAUGAGUCAUACGACUGGCGGAAGAUGGACCCAAACAGCGAGGAGUGCAAGACCAUGGUGAAGGAGUACUUCUCCUGGGAGGGAGAGUUCAAGCAUGUGGGCAAACCCUUCAACCAGGGCAAGAUCUUCAAGUGAGAGGACAGUGGGACAGUCUGAACAAAAAAGCACUCUGCGCCUCUGCUAUCCAUCAGCACCUAAACUACAGACUUUCAGCCACCAUGUACUUUACUUAACUGCAAGAAUGACUUGGAAUGACAGUGUUUCAGGUCAAGAGUGGAUUUUGUCACUAUGGCCCCCCCAAGUGUUUUUCUUUUUUGAGUUGAGAAAUAAAACAUUUUCCACAAUGCCA